AAUCACUUCUGGGUUUUUUAUUUUUUGCUAAACAAACCAAAAACAACUGAAACUUUUGAAAAAAAAAAGUUUCUUAGUUUUUGUUAUAAAAGUUUGAAAAUAAGUGAUUUUUCUCCUUCACUGAUGUGAACCUAGUGAGGCUGCAGUGAUGGGUACUGAUGAGGAGGCACUGGUAGGCAACACUCAUAUAUGGCACUGAUUGGCGGCACUGACAGGCGGUACUGAUAGGCGACACUGACUGGCACUGAUAGGCA